UAUUUAUGUGCUUGCAUGGUUGCAGAUUAUAAUAUUUUAUGAAUGUUUUCCGAAGUUAUAAACGUUGGUUGAUCAUUUAUGAUAUGAAUUUUUUCAGCGUCUGGACUACCUACGGGGACUUAUUGCUCAGGUGGUCAAUAGGGUAUGCGUGUUGAAGUCGACGCUCGCUUCUCAACUUCCUUCCGGUCGUCAAGAGUAUGUACCGCGCUGUUUUUAUAAUUUGCACGCAUGUCGGGGACUGGCCUCUCUCGUGGUGCGCAUCGUGUGUACAGACGCGAUUUCGGCCGAACACUGCUGGGAGCCGUACGACCUCGCAAAGCACAACAUCGAGCGGUAUCUAAACGUUUGCAAAGUCUUAAACGAAAAAAAGUACUUUUUCGAUCUGCUGUUCAUCGUUGCCGAAGCUUAUCCAUGUCUGUGGUUCUGCGCUCCAGUUCUUAAGGCGAUGCUGUUCUCGUUGAUGGUGCGGUGCGAAAAUAGGAUUAACAGAAAGGAGCCGAUCGGUGAAGAGGAAAGGCAGUUGCUAGACAGCUGGUUCUCCCUAUUGCUGGAGGGCAAGCUUCUUGGUGAUCCGUGGCCUUACAUUAUGGAUAUGUUAACGCAUGUUAGCAGCCAUGAAGCGUUCAUUGUUUUGUGUGAAAUUUGGAGAUAUUUUCAAGAUGCCUUGCCAGAUAUGAGAACCCUGCAACAGACUUUCGAAGUGACGCAGCUUCAGCUACGGGACGUAGAACCUUUGAAAGUGAACCCUGAACCGUAUCUCAACAGAGUGCGCCCCGUGUUGCAGGCAAACAUUGCAACAUUAGGCGGUUUGUAUCGUAUAUUGUUUAGGCCAUGA